AUGUUAUUAUUGAUUCUCCUAACAGAGGAACUCCCAGUUCCUGCUGCUUUGUAUCCACUCAAUGGUCUACACGGGACACGUGACAUCGGUCCUAACAAAAACCCAGCGGGAAAACCAAACGGCGUACACCUUGCACCAGGCCCCUUUGGACAUCCUCAAGGCUCGUACAGGUUUUCUGGUAGCUUUUCCAGUUACAUCGAGAUACCCAACAAUGGCGGCCUGGACACAAGAUCAAUAACGAUUCUUGCCUGGAUUAACCACGAAAACGAAAACGGGCCGAUAGUAAACUACGGAGAGGAUGACUGGGGAUUUCACUUCUGGGUUGUAAAUGGAAGACUGUUUGGUCGACUAUCCGGUUCAAGCCCCUAUGCUAUUACGCCCUAUAAUCUUUCUAAAAACUGGCACUACGUUGGUACCUCUUAUAAUUUUUCAUCUGGCGUUGUAAAGCUUUGGAUAAACGGAUCUGAGGUGGCUCAGGAAAUAUCUGGAAGCGAAGAACAAAGUACCCAGUACAAUGUAAGGAUGGGAGCUAAAGACAGCACCACAGACCAAAGGUACUUAAAAGGUCGCAUCUACUGUCUUCAGAUUUACAACAAAUCACUCAGUCAACAGGAAAUCAUCGCUGUCCAGAACAGAACUUUGAACACAUGUGAGUACGGCGUUAGUAGCUUAAGCCUAUCAUAAUUACUAUUCUUUUUAUCCCGGAAGGUGCCUCUGGUAAUACUAUAUAUAAGGCAAAAAGCUUUUUCAGACUGGGCUGCAACGGUUUGGAACCAAAUUUUGAUGCUUGGUGCCACUUUCACUUUGUAAGAAUAGCUCUUGCUCCACUCGGUUUUGAUGUGAAUUUCCUUUUUAAAGGAGAAGUUUCAAACAGACUUUCUGUUGAAUUAAGGGGGUCUUAAAUGAAACAACUGACAGAAAAUCAACGCGUAAAGCAAAACGAGUUCUGUAACUAGCAGGAAGCUACCUAGCCAGAGCUAAGCUUGUUUUUGAAAGACGUCUGAAAGGGUGAAUAUCAGGGGCAAGAUAAUUCGCUGGAGCCAAGGUGUAGUAUAUCAUCAUCAUCAUCAUCAUCAGUAUUAUUAUUAUUAUUAUUAUUAUUAUUAUCAUCAUUAAUAUUAGUCUAUUAGUUGCUGUAUUACUGAGUAUCAGUAUUAGUAGUAGUAGUAGCAACCGCAGCAGCUCGAAGCAGCAUUAGCAGUAGAGAAGUAGCAGUUAUAGUUUGUUUUAGACAAUAAAACAAAAUUAAAAAGGGUAGUUUUUGUUGUUUCUAAAUUUAUAGAUCAAGAUUCAAUAUUCAUCUUUGGCCAUUUUGAAACUGUCACGGCGUCCGGACAACAGCAACAAGACGACCUAAUUAUCACAUACAAAGCCUCCACAGUGAUGGAAUGUUUGUUAUAUUGUUCCCGUUUCUGAGUGCAAGUCCGCUGCCAUUGAUAAAAGAAGCAUUGGCCAAAGGUCUAAAGGCUACUGCCAACUUUACAGGGCACCAUUUUUAGUGAGUCUGGAUACCACUGGACAUUUUAAAGAGAAAGAGUAUUGCAAUAAGAGAAAGCUGCUCUAAAACUGAGCUAAGUUCAACGCCUCCAAGUACAACGCCGGUCUCCUAACGUUUAGAACUACUUUGACUGGAGAUUACAUUUUUGUCUCGGGGGUUCUCCCUUAUAAAAACCAUAUGGGUAUGUGCCGCCCCAUCGGGUAGGGUUUUGGUGCCGUUUUGGUCUGAAAACGGCAUACACUUUGCCCAUUUUGGUCUGGAAUCGGGUUGGGUUUUCAAGGGAACUACGGGAGUGUAUGAACAUUUUUAUCGUUACAAUUCAAAAUGAGUAAGAAAGAAAGAGAAAUGUGCGAAUUCCAAAUAGGUUUGAAUAAUUUUUGUGUUUGCGAGCCUAAUCUAAGUAACGAUAAAAUAAUUUCUGCCUAAAGGCCAGGUCUGAAAACGUGUAUGGAUUUUAGAGGUCUAGUCUGAAAACGGGUGUGGUGGAUAGUUACAUUUUUUGGUAUGAAAUCUGGGCAGGAUUUGAAGAACCCGGCGGCACACCCCCACCAAGAAUUCCCAGGAGUACCCCCCUGGUUUUCGCUACAGUGGUUGACCUUCCAUUCAGGAGACACCCUCCGGACCAAGGCAAGUGUCCCAUGAAUAGAGAUGUCCCCUGAAUGGAAGUUGGGCUGAACUUUGUUAAUGAUUAACCAACAAAGAAAAUAUUAUUUAUCUUAUUCUACCUCAAAACUUGUUGCAGUCAUUCUUUCAAGCGGCUCGAUAAUGUAUGAAAACGUAUCUCCGCGAUGUUGCGCGUUGAAUUCCCACAAGUGCAAUACAUCGAUUUGAGUGAAAUAGUUCAUGUUAUGAAAGCUGUCAAAUGUAGUAGUUAAAAGGGAUGCAAAGUUCUAAACUAGGUCCAUAGAUUUUUAUCUGAAAGGGGACUAUUUAUUAAUAGAAGGUAUUAUGCAAGGGGUACCUUUCCCGUCAAAAAUGGAAUAUAGAGGGAAAGGGGUUGGACCCUCACAGGAUAAACAGCUUUGCAAAAGACGAUUUCGUUUUCCAAGUGACUAUUGCAGAAACUGUUGUGAUGCUUAUUGGUGGUUCUCACUGUCACGCUAUCAAAAAUAAAAAUGGAAACCUUUUAAUACAGAAAGUCUAGAAUCUGGGAAAUUAAAGAAGAUAAGUAUACAAAAAGCCUUGCCAAUAAUCAGGUCUGUGCACUAUUUCAUAUUCGAGAUAUUCGGAAAAACGUUUUAUCCAAGUUUUUAAGCUUUGUAUGGAAACGCCAUGUUUGUGUUCCAUUCAGGGGCACAAAUAUGGCCGCCUGAAACCAACAGAAACAUCUGUUGUUGAAUGUUCCUACGAGUGCGUGAAUUCUUCGCUUAAGGAACUCAUAAAGAUUAAGGAAAUAUUUAUUCUGAGACAAGGAAUGUUUUGGUAGCAAAAUCUCCCAAAAUCGGUUAUGUUUAUAACCCACAUAAGAACUUUCCUGGCCGUCAUCAGCUAAGUGCCGCGUCACGUAAAAGCCUGGAAAUUCAAGCGUCCUGUAUCGCAAAAUGAAGAACCCUUUUGAACCGAAAAUUUGUUUGUACAAAGGUUUUAAGGUUUUGUAAUACCACAUGAAAGUAGAAACUCAGAAGAAGCGAUAGUUUCUUGGUUUGAAUUUUAAUGACGUCAUAUGAAAACCAAGAAUAUAACGACCAAAAAAGAAACAGGCUUUGAGUUAAUACUAAUUCCCCCGGACUAAUUCGUAUGCCCAACGUAUCCAUGAUACCAAAAAAACAUUUACCUUAGCAAGCGUUAAAUGAGACGUUGUCUAUAGGUAGAGAUGCCAAGGUCCUAUUUCGACUCCUUUUUUUGCUGACCUACUAGCAAACUGAAUUUAUUUGAUCAGGUCAUUCCUGAAAUGUUUUAAAGCCAGUAGUGGCCUAGGAUUUGUUACACCUUGGUUAUGAUGUUAAGCUGAAUCAGCUCGUUUCCAAAAUUUAAUUCAAUUGGGUAGAAUAAUACACGAUGUAUAUCAAAAUCUAAUUUUAGAAAAAUACAUAAAAAUACAUAAACGAGAAAAAAGUGUUUUGUGGCAUAAAUAAUUGAUCAGUAGAAGAAUAAAGUUUUACAAAGUUUAUCUUAUUUUACUAAGUCUUCUACUGAGAUGGGAUUGUCCCUGUGUAGUUUGUUGACUUAGAUUUGCAUUCGUGAAAUGAAGGUAAUAAGUGCGGCGAGUAAAAACUUCGAAACUGUAUCAGUAACAGUACAUGAAAAUUUCUUUUAUGUAUUCAUCCCGACCCUUGAAGGUUAGGAGAUCAAACGCUACAACAGUGCCUCAAAUUGUUCGGCUGAAAUGACUUCAACUUUGUUGACACUGGCUUUUCAACUUCGGAUCAUUCUGAUUUUUUCAUGUCAAGGAAAAACAGGUAAGUUUCUAACCAGCCGAACUUCAACAGACCUACUCUUGACAAUUGUAGGUCACUCGUUAUUCAGAUUCUAUACUUAAUUCGCGCCAAACUUCUUAAAGCGACUUCCUUUAAAUUUCCAAAUAUUUCUUAUAUUUUAUUUAUUAGGUUCGGCAAAUAAAAAGUUUAACAUCUAAACUGGAUCUUUCGCUUCGGGCGUCGUACCAUUAAAUGUAGUUAUUUUCGACAAGCUUUUAACUUAAUUUGACUCUUACACUCGUAUUUAAAAAAUGUUAACUCAGAUUUUGGUGUUCAAACUCAGAUCGGAACUAUCAGAAAAUAGAUUUACAUAUUCUCUUUUCAAGGCAGCUGCUACAUGGGAAUGUUAUUAUCCAAGGAGGUAUGCGGAUACUUGAUUGAAAAGCGAAGCACCGUAACGCAAAAUUGCAAAUUCAUUCAAGAUAUGUCUACUUCUGUAGCUUUGUGUAACAAAUGAUGGAACAAGGUUAGAAUUCAUGGGCUACGGACAAACCAUAAACCCCUCUAAGCGUUAGCCUCAGUAAUAAGGACCACACCUGGCAAAGAAAAAUCUUUUCUGACCUCGAUGGGAUUCGAUGGAAUCUAUACAACUCGAGAUUGUAUGUAUCAAUGCGAACGUAGAUUAACAAACUUUGAUUAACUGCUUCAAAACUAUUGGUUAUCGUUAUGACAAAACACUCCACCAUUACAGAUGGAGUUAGAAGUGAAAAAAGUAAUAGGAAAUUGCGGAAACAUUAUACUACGGGUAGAGAAAAUGCAGAAGCAGUACCAUAAGAUAACAUCAGAAGUGGUUUUGUAAGUUUUUUACAACUCCAACACAACACAAGAUCAGGUUCGGACCAAAAGUAUAUGCCCAAACUUACAAGCGGGAUCGAGUCAAAGCAGACAACUUCCGGUCGAUCGUGUCAGGGAUGAUACCAGAACUUAAAAAUUAAUGAUGUUUUAAUGAUUCUUGGCGCGUGAUUGGGGUGUAUAAAUCAGGACCAAGGCAAAGUAACUGAGAAGAAAUAAAAGAUGCAUAUAAGAUCACAGUUCAGUGAUCCGUUUAUGACAAUAAGAUUUUGCGCGCAUUUUAUCUUCAAUCUUUGACUUUGUGGCCUCAUUGACUUUACUGUUUUCCGGCGAAAAGAACCGGGUAGCUAAAAAUGGUGACCGCGAUAAAAUUGACCGGGGAGGGGGGGGGUAAAGUGAUUUAUUAAUUGCGAUAUGAUUAAUUCUACUGGCAGACGAUCUUCCAGUUCCUACGGCCUUUUAUCCACUCAAUGCUCAACACUUGACACACGACCUAAGUGCUAACAAAAACCCAGCGGGAAAACCAAACGGCGUACACCUUGCACCAGGCCCCUUUGGACAUCCACAAGGCUCGUACCAGUUUUCUGGUAGCUCUACCAGUUACAUCGAGAUACCCAACAACGGAGGACUAGACACAAGAUACUCCGUAACAAUUCUUGCCUGGCUUAACCAAGAAAACGAUGAUGGACCGAUUGUUAACUUUGGAUCUGAUGUCUGGGGAUUUCACUUCUGGGUUGUAAAUGGUAGGUUGUUUGCUAGACCAUCAAGACGUGCAGAUAGAGCACAACAAAAAAAUGCUUUUUCUUCCAGCCUUUCUAGAACCUGGAACUAUGUUGGUACCUCUUACAAUUUUUCUGAAGUGGCUCAUGAGAUAUCCGGAAGCGCAGAACAAAAAACACAGUAUGAUGUAAGGAUGGGAGCAAAAGCAAGCGACCAAAGGUACUUAAAAGGUCGCAUCUGCUGUCUUCAGAUUUACAAUAAAUCGCUCAGUCAACAGGAAAUUAUUGCGGUCCAAAACAGAACUUUAAACACAUGUAAGUAUGACGUGUCAUAGUAAACUGCUGUAAAUGAAACCUGUGACUGGAUAGUACCUAGUCUCUUAAGUUGUCAUUUUCAGUCACUAUAAAGCGAGGUUAGUUAUUAGUCUUCUUUUCAUUUAACUUAUCAAAGGUCGAAUUAAAGCGUGGGAAGUGGAUGGCGGUUUAUAAGGCAAUACAACUGAAGUUUUGGGGUAAAUUUUUACUUUUUUUGCACGACUUGCUUGUGAUAUCAUUCCUUGGUCCUUGUACGAGUUUACUUAUAUGACUUGGUCCCUAUCAUGCUUUGCUUGCACAAGUAUCAUGUUCAAUAAGACAUAUAAGGUGUCGUCUUUGAAGAAGACAUCGAUCAAACCUCGGAGAGCCUGUACCAGGCGUUCAGAUAGUGGGGAGGGUUCGCCUAAAAUGAAGUGAGUAGGGAAAACAGCGAGGUGGCUCGGGCAACGGAAAAAGCCGGGCGAAUUUCUAAAACAUGAAUAUUUAUGGUAAAGCUGAUGACCCGAAUUAAAAUUACCCUAAAUUAAAAUUUUAAGGAAGCAAUCCCUUUAUUUUGUCAUUUGUAGAUCAAAGAUUUUUUCAACCAGUCUUCGUUGUCGGAGAACAGCUACAAAGCGAUGUCGUAAAAACGUCCAAAGCGUCUACAGUGAUGGAGUGUUUGUUACGCUGUUCUCGUAUGACCGAGUGUAA